GAUACCCGAUUGGCCGGUUGUUAAUAAGACCGCCCCUGUGGUCACCUACUUCCGCUUCUGUGUCAAUUCACACCGUUUUGUGGUCCUCCUGUCGCCUCAAAUUAAGUCAAACGUUACCAGGUGUCCCAACGCUUCAGGUUUGCUGUGUGAGCUGCUGCCUUUUCUGACGUGGUUGCGGAGGAGGAAGUUGCCGUGCCAGAGACCAGUGAGGCCCGCUAUAGGGACCAUGUUCUAGAGGCUCACCUCCCUCUCCGAUAGCACCUGGAGGUCCGGCUUUGACCCUGUACAAUGAACAACGAUGAUGAAUUCUACGACGCCGUAACAGGCUUGGACUCUGAUGAGUCGUAUGAAGGCGCGUCGGAGGCCAGUUUUAAAGACGCAGGGGUGUACGAUGUCACCCCGAGGAGCAAUGGCUCCACGUCACCGGAGAACGGAAUCACGAAGCGCAGGACAACGCUACCUGCCCCAAUGUUCUCCAGGAACAACUUCAGUGUGUGGGGCAUUCUGAAGAAAUGCAUUGGACUGGAGCUGUCCAAGAUCACCAUGCCCAUCGUGUUCAACGAGCCCCUGAGCUUCCUCCAGCGGAUCACAGAGUACAUGGAGCACACAUACCUCAUCAACAAAGCCUGCUUGCUGUCCGACUCCAUAGAGCGCAUGCAGGCGGUAGCUGCUUUUGCCGUGUCGGCCGUGGCAUCGCAGUGGGACAGGACUGGAAAGCCCUUCAACCCUCUGCUAGGAGAGACCUAUGAACUAACGCGCGAGGACCAGGGCUACAGGCUGAUCUCGGAGCAGGUCAGCCACCACCCCCCUGUCAGUGCCUUCCAUGCUGAGAGCCUGGUCGGGGACUUUGUCUUCCAUGGCUCCAUCUACCCCAAACUCAAGUUCUGGGGCAAGAGUGUGGAGGCUGAGCCCAAGGGAACUAUCACACUAGAACUCCUCAAGCACGGUGAGGUCUAUACGUGGACCAACCCUUUCUGCUGUGUACACAAUGUCAUCCUGGGCAAACUGUGGAUCGAGCAGUAUGGCACUGUAGAAAUCCUCAACCACAAUACUGGAGAUAAGUGUGUGCUGAACUUCAAGCCGUGUGGCAUGUUUGGGAAGGAGCUGCACAGGGUGGAGGGCUACAUUCAAGAUAAGAGUAAAAAGAAGCUUUGUGUGAUCUAUGGGAAGUGGACCGAGUGCAUGUGGAGCGUGGACCCCCAGACGUACGAGUCCAACAAGAAGGCUGAGAAGAAGGCAGACUCUAAGAAACAGAAGAGUCCGGAGGAGCCUGAAGGGGUCGACGGCGACGAUGCAGACAACAUGCCUGAGGUCCUGGAGACGGUAGCUGUGAUCCCUGGCAGCACCCUGCUGUGGAGGAUAUCGUCACGACCCCAACACUCUGCUCAGAUGUAUAACUUCACUAACUUUGCCAUGUCACUGAAUGAGCUGGAGCCUGGUAUGCAGGCCACCCUGGCCCCCACAGACUGCCGCCUGCGGCCCGACAUCAGAGCCAUGGAGAACGGAGAUAUGGAUCAGGCCAGUCGAGAGAAGGCGAGGCUGGAGGAGAAACAGAGGUCGGCGCGGAAAGACCGUUCCAAGGACGAGGAGGAAUGGUCCACUCGAUGGUUCCAGUCAGGUACAAACCCCUACACGUCCUCUCAGGACUGGCUCUACAAAGGGGGCUACUUUGAUAGAAAAUACUCUGACCUUCCUGAUAUCUACUGAUCCAGGGGGGGGUUCUAUGAACACCUUCUGAACCAACCCCCUGCCCCCCGGCACGCCCCUGUUCUAAGCACCACACGGUCUCCCGUUGGAACUCUGAAGCGGUGAUAGCCUCUCCUUGUACAACACAUGCGUCUGUGUUAGCACAACCCUCUCCUCCCCAGUCUCCUGACAGUGAUGAAAGGGAACGGUCAACGGUGAAAUCAGGGAUGUGAAUGCUCCUUUGACUGAUAACGGGUUCUUUGGGACAUGUUGGUGGCAGCACAGGCGGAAGCAGACAUGAACAGAUACUGAGUCUGGAGGAGACUGUUUAGUUCUUGAACAGGAGUGCAUUGUGGGUACCCCUCCCUAUCAGACCUGGGUUGAGUACCUAUUUCAAAUAUUCAAAAUACUUGAGCUUGAUUUAAAUUGUUUGGCAUGUGGAGUUUGCACUUUUGGAAUGAUUUCAUUGGUUCCGUUGCACCUGACAAGCUAAACAAAGCACACCUGGAGUAUUCCACCCAGGUCUGGCUGUCCCCUAUAUACGUCCAGAGGACAAGCUUCUCAUCACUGUAAUGUAACCUGUAUGUAUAGAUAAGAAUGAUCAUGUGACCAUAUAGGCCAAUCACACACAUCUAGCUACAUUGGCCACUGCUCAGUCUGUGAAUACAGCCCCUGAUUCGGGCAGUCGGCUAGUAAUUCCCCCAUCACAAAAUAUUCCUUUUGUUACUCUUCUGCAUGGCUUUUGGCUAGCUAGCUAACAGUGUUAGCUACCCCUGGCUCUGUGGCGGUGGACCUACCGUACGUUUGGCCCGGCUGCUGUUGUUUACCUAGUCAGUCAAUUUAGAGUGUUCUCGUAAUCACGAGUAAGAAAAUAAACAAUGAGCGUUACUAAGAUUGUAAGAAGAGUAUAAUAGGUACCAGAGGAGGCUGGUGUGGGAGCUAUAGGAGGAAGAGCUCAUUGUAAUGGCUGGGAUGGAAUUAUUGGAACGGUAUCAAACGCGUCGAGCAUAUGGAAAUCACGUUUGACUCCAUCCCAGACAUUACAAUGAGCUCGUUCUCCUAUAGGCCCUCCCACUAGCCUCCACUACGGUGUGUGUGAGUGUGUGUAUGAAUGACCGUACAGAAUCUUAAGCCAUAUGGUUCCUUUUAACUACAGGUAUAACUGGCAAGGGUGGUUUGCUGUGCGUGCAGUCAUUUGGCUAUGAAUAAAUGAAUUGAUAAUUGUUACCUCAAGAACUAAAUAAUAGUUAUCGCCAGAGCAUGAUAAAGCAUUUUUCAUGUAAGAUAUACAUGUAUGUAAAUACCUACUUUUUUAUAAAUAUAGCUAGCUAAUCUUCAUAAUACUGUCCAACCAGCUCAAAGUGAAUUUGGAAUUGAAUGGAAUUCUAGCCUAUAUGAAGUAGAAGUCAUUGUGUAAUAUUACCAGCUUCCCUUGUAAGCAUAUUGUUGCCUUCCUCGUGUUAGGAACUCUUAGUGGCUUUAAAACCACACACUCUCACAUCACCAAUCUCUUUCACAACGACGAGCCAUUAUGUGGAAGUUCUUAUUUAUAAGAGACUGUGGCAUUUCAUCUUUUUUUUUUUUAAAUUUUUUUUAAACAGAUAUUCACACUCAUGCAAUAUACGAUAGGGGUAUAUAUUUAUUUUUGGGUGGGAUUCAUGUGCAGUUAAUUGUACUGCGGUGAACAUUUAGCCUUGUAGAUUAGAUCUGCAUGCAUGAAUCAAAGUGUAAACCAACUCCAGAGCAGAAACGCGGACUUUCAAAGCAGCAGACGACUCUCUAGUGUCUGUCUAGUGAAACAUGUUAUGUUGACCAUUGGGAAUGCUCUUCAUGCGAGUCCAAACGGAAUCUCUUGACGUUAUACGAUAUUGAAAUGUAGGGGGAUUUAGUUUGGAUUUACCAUGUUACACUGUGCAUUUGAAACGACUGUCAAAAUCUAUGCAACCAACCAAUAGCGCUUAGUGUCUCUGUAUACCUUUUACAUGUAUAAUAACACACAUAAAUACUUUAGUUUUGUCACCGGCAAGGCAAACCGACAUUUAGAUGACUGUAUUGGCAGCUUCCUUGACUGUAGAUGAGCCCAUCUCAUAAGUGAUUGUGUCCAUUUGGUUUGUGGAUCACCAUGGUAGAGUCUCUUAAGUAAAGAGUGUAAAGAUGACCUGACAGUUUAGAGCAAUUUGAUCUUGACGGAGUAUUUGUGCCUCUCUCGCCUCAGUUUGCUACUUAUUUUUUUUUUUUUUUUUUUUUUUUUUAGCCCGACACGUCACAAAAUUACGUCUAUAGCUUUAACAACGGUCUUUUUUGUUGUUGUGGAAUGGCUGGUGGUUUGAGAAAUGGGCAACGGAAUGUGGCAAAAAGAUACGGCGAACCAAGAAGCCUUGCGUUGUGUCUUAGGUUGAUUGAUAUGUUGUUUUUUUCCCCAGGGUUUAUACUUAGUGCCUAAAUUUAAGUAAGCCAAUUUUCUGAACCCUUUUUUUUAUUAGAAUUUUUUUUUUUUUACCUGCAUUUCGUUUAAUAUUUAAGGUGUUUUUAGGUUUAUCAGAUGAGUUUUUGGCCCGUUUUGUUUUUCUAACCCAUCGCUCUAUACAGUACUUUAUUUUUGUCCAUAACACUUUGAAAUGUUUAGGUCAGAAGAAGUGUCCGUUUUUUUUCACCGUGUGUACAGGAAAUGUAUGUAAAACUGAUCACUACUUCGGGUUGUGUCCACACACUUCAUCACAUUUCAUCAAGUUCUAAUUUGUUAACUAGCAACUUUAAGACUAAUGCACCAACAUUAAAAAAAAAUUAGAUUUUAA